AUGGGUCGCAAUGUGUUAAUGGUGGCUGAGAAGCCGUCGCUGGCUGAGAGUAUUGCGACGAUCUUGAGCAGUGGAAGCUGCUCCCGCCGCACCCGUGCGCUGCCAGUGUACGAGUACAUGGGUAGCUUUAUGGGCAGUCCAGCGUACUUCAAGGUGACGAGCACCACCGGCCACGUCUUCUCAUGCGACUUCACCUCUCAGCACCAAAACUGGGACCGCACAGAGGAGGAGCAGCUCUUCACCGCGCCGAUCGUGUGGAAAGAUACGUCAGAGAAGGUGACGCAUCACCUCGAGCAUGAGGCGAAAGGCUGUGAUACGCUGGUAUUGUGGCUCGACUGUGAUCGGGAGGGGGAGAACAUUUGCUUUGAAGUGAUGCAGGUCGUGCGGCGGGAGAUCUACAACAACAACAGCAUCUUUCGCGCGCACUUCUCAGCCAUCACGGCGGAGGAGAUUUUCCACGCCUUCUGCAGUCUCGGGAGGCCGAACAAGAGCAUCAGCGACGCGGUGACAUGUCGGCAAGAGCUGGACCUGAAGGUUGGGGUGGCCUUUACCCGAUUUCAGACAAAGUACUUCCAGGGCAAGUAUGGCGACUUGGAUGCCAGCGUCGUUAGCUAUGGGCCGUGUCAGACACCGACGCUCGGGUUUUGCGUACAGCGCCACGAUGAGAUCCUCAACUUCAAGCCUGAGAACUUUUGGCGUCUCGUCCCGGUCGCCUCGCGCAGCGGUGCAGUACUGCAGUUUGACUGGGAUCGCGGGCGUGUCUUCGAUGAGACGAUGGCGCGGCUCAUCCUUCAGCGCAUCACGAAGAACGGUAAGGUUGCCACCGUCACCAAUAUGUCCGUUAGCAGUGACACGCGUCCGCGACCGACCGGGCUCAACACUGUGGAUCUCAUGAAGAUUGCAAGCAAAGCACUUGGCAUCGGUCCCCACUACGUGAUGACAAUCGCCGAGAACCUGUACAUCCGCGGCUACAUUUCGUACCCCCGUACCGAAUCCACAGCAUACCCGCCAUCCUUCAACCUCGUUGGCGCCCUCGCUCAGCAGAAAAACCACCCCAUAUGGGGGGGCUACGUGACGGCGCUGCUGCAGGGAGGGCACGUGCAUCCCAAAGCAGGCAAAGACGCCGGCGAUCACCCACCUAUCACGCCAAUGCGAAGCGCCUCACCUGGGGAGCUAUCUGGGGAUGAAUGGCGCAUAUUUGAGUACAUUACGCGGCAUUUCAUUGCUUCCGUGUCACCAGACUGUCGUCUCAUCAAGACGAAGAUUACGAUCGAGCUUGGAGGUGAGUUGUUCAGCAUCUCGGGAAAGGUAGUCGAGGACCCUGGAUUUACAGAGAUCAUGCCGCACGCCCGUGUCGAGGACGACAGGAUGCCAACCGGCGUCAACAAGGGCGACUCCUUUCAGCUGUCUGAUGUGCGGCUGCAGGCGGGGCAGACGCAGCCGCCGUCGUACCUGACGGAGUCGGACCUGAUAGGGUUGAUGGAGAAGAACGGGAUCGGAACUGACGCGUCGAUCUCUACCCACAUCAAUAACAUUGUAGAGCGCGGCUACUGCAGCGUGCAGGCGGGGCGUGUCAUGAAGCCAUCAAAGCUUGGCAUCGUGCUCAUCCACGGCAUCAAGGCCAUCGACCCGGAGCUGGUGCUGCCACUGGUGCGCAGUCGUGUCGAGGAGUACGUCACCCACAUCGCUGAGGGUCGCGCGCGGCUCGAAGACGUGCUCAGCUACUCACUCGACCUCUUCUUCUCUAAGUUCAAGUUCUUCAAAGAGCACAUCGACAUCUUUGAUGGCCUUAUGGGUGCCUCCUUCUCUGCCAUCUCGGCGACCGGGAAGCCGAUUACACGGUGCGGCAACUGCAUGCGCUACCUAAAGCACCUGAACACCCGCCCCCAGCGACUCUACUGCCCGUACUGCGAGGUGACCUUCGCCCUGCCGCAGGGUGGCACCGUAAAGCCGUACUCCGGCUUCACAUGCCCCAUUGACAACUUCGAGCUCGUCGUCUGCCACAUCGACGGCGGCAAGUCCUUUCCCAUCUGCCCCAGUUGCUACAACAACCCGCCGUUCGAGGAACUGCCCUCCGCCCUACAACAUCACAACCGUGGGAACGGCGGAGGGGCGACGGCGAAAGCGGCGCCAUCCACGCGGCAUAUGGCGUGUGACGAGUGCCGCCACCCGACGUGCGAGCACUCCCUCGCCACGAACUACGUGUGCGACUGCGUAGACGGCUCCUGCCCCGGUAGCAUGGCCUUCGUCCCCCGGACAGCAGGGCAAUGGAAGGUGUGCUGCAAUGCAUGCCCCAUGAUGGUGAAGCUCCCACCGACGGCGCAGCGGGUGUACGUCACUGCCGAGGAGUGUGCCGAGUGCGCCGCCAAUUGCCUCGAUAUCAUGUUCCCCGAGGGCAAGAGCGUGUUACCCAACCGCAAGGACCGCAUUGUUGCGUGCAUCUUCUGUCAUCCAGGGCUGAGCCCGCUCUGCGAGGAAGUGCGUGGCCGUGUAGGCAACUUCCGCCGUAUCGGUGGCGCCGCUGCUGGGGGUCGUGGCGGGCGAGGCGGCCGUGGGCGCGGACGUGGUCGUGGGCGUGGCAACCGCGAAGAUCGCUGGUGA